UCUUCAAACUCCGACCAUGAUGCACGAUUUCGCCAUCACCGAGAAUUUCGUUGUAAUCCCCGACCAGCAAGUCGUGUUCAAGCUUCAAGAAAUGCUCAAGGGCGGAUCUCCGGUGAUUUACGACAAGAACAAGAAAUCCCGAUUUGGAAUUCUCCCAAAAAAUGCCACAAAUUCCGAUGAUUUAAUCUGGGUGGAAUCGCCGGACACCUUCUGCUUCCAUUUGUGGAAUGCUUGGGAGGAGCCGGAGACAGAGGAGGUCGUGGUUAUUGGGUCUUGCAUGACGCCGCCGGAUUCCAUUUUCAACGAGUGCGAUGAGAAUUUAAAAAGCGUACUGUCGGAAAUUCGGCUGAAUUUGAGAACGGGGAAAUCCACGCGCCGCCCAAUUAUCAGCGAUGAGAAGGAGCAGGUGAAUCUAGAAGCCGGAAUGGUGAAUAGAAACCGUCUGGGGCGGAAAACCCGAUAUGCGUAUCUUGCGAUAGCAGAGCCAUGGCCGAAGGUUUCGGGAUUCGCGAAGGUUGAUCUAGUAACAGGGGAGGUAAAAAAGCAUAUUUACGGCGGUAGAAAAUUCGGAGGAGAGCCGUUUUUUUUACAGAAAGAGGGUAAUUCAGGGGAGAAGGAAGACGAAGGGUACAUUUUAGCGUUCGUCCACGAUGAAAGGACAUGGAAAUCAGAGCUCCAGAUAGUGAACGCCAUGGACUUGAAAGUGGAAGCUACAGUGAAGCUGCCAUCCAGAGUACCCUAUGGCUUCCACGGGACAUUCGUCGACGCAAAACACUUGCAAAAUCAAGCUUAAUUGAUUCAAAAAAAAUCAAAAGAAAGUGAUUUUCUUAGGCGAAAAAGGGAGAAAUUGCCAGAGGGAUGACAUUGAGACAGGUCCCCGGAUUCUCCGUAUUCGCAUUAAAAACCCAAUUACCUUUUUGUUUCUGUUCCUUUUUAUUUGGUUUUUUUUUUUUUUUUUUUGG